AUGCUUGCCAAGAAGUGCCUUCUCCUCGCUGCUGUCGCCGCCAAUGCGGCUUCAGGCCUUAUGUUCGACCCGGAUUGGCCGCUGGGUCUGAUUCUCAAGCGCCAGGACGAUAUGUCUGAGGCAGAGUACAACUGCCACGACAAUUGCGGCCAGGCGAUCAAGGCGGGUCGCGGCGACGAUCCGUGCAACGAUGAGACAUUCCUGCACGACUAUGACGCCUGCCUCCAGUGCGCCGGCUCCGACAACGUCGACAUCUGGAAGUACUACGGCGGCAGCUUGAGCGCCGUUGCCUCAUCGUGCGGACUGUCCACCACGCCCCUCACCGGCACUCAGGCCGCCGUGUCCGCUGCCAUCACCGCGACUUCUGCCGCCUCGGCUACCGGCGUCGCCAGUGCUUCUGCUACUGCCACUGCUGCCACUACCCCCUCUGCCGGCAACUCGACCGCUUCAGGUACUUCCGUGGCUGCUUCCACUGGCAGUUCGGCUUCCAGCUCUGCUGCCGCAUCGACCGCUGCUGCGUCGACUGCCGCUGCUGCUACGGCUUCCUCUACUGCUAGCUCUACUGCGGCUGCCUCCGCUGCUGCCUCUGCGAGCGCGACCGGAGCCGCAAGCAGCGCAAGCCUCAGCUGGGUCCCGAUCAUGGGUUCUCUUUCCGCGCUGGGUUACUUUGUUCUCGGAUUUUAA